AUGGAGAUUUAUCGAAAUUUCUCGUGUGGUACAAGCAGAAAAGCAGCAAAUUUGUCCGCGGUUGUGCGUACAGACAUGCCACAACAUCCCGGAAGAAAAGGCGGUGUACCUGUUACAUCAAGAAGAGCAACUCCUAAACUACCCGUUGAUGCACGACGAAAGCGCACAUACAGUAAAUCUACUGGAAGUUCGUCUAUUGUAACAGAGGUACCAAAUACAAACCCAUUCUACGUUAAAAAGAUGAACAUUCGAAUUGAAGUAUGCCAAGGAUGCAGGGGUCCUCUGAAGUCGGCAGGGAAAGAAAUUCAGCCCCCGCCGUUCGAUUACUGUAUUGCGAGGAGGGAAAGAAGACCAUACAGGGGUGACAAUGGCCAACUGAAAACUCCAUCCCGACAGUCAGAUGCACAUUAUCACCUGCGAGCAGCAUGCGUUAAAGCUGCAGAACCGUCAUUUGUAACAUCUUCUCUUGUGAUACCUGACGACAUUCAGCUAACAGAAGUUCAUGAAUGA